AUGACCCCAGCCGUCCUGGGAGGUAGAGGCAUGCUCCCCUACAUCCCCCGCGCGCAGCCAUCACAUGCACGCCGCAAAAAGGCCAAUUCGGAUCCCGAUGGCGGCUCCCUCACAAAGUCUACUUCCAAGAGCUCCCGGGCCUCAAGCGGCGCUGCCAGCGGCGAGCCGUCAUCACAGACCUCACGCGACGACGACGAUGACCACGAUGGCGACCACGAUGCGCCGCUGGAGUCGGACCGCCCCGCCAACGCCGCUGCCGUGGGGUCUGUCCAUGGCCAUGGCCACGACCAUCAGCACAAGAACCAGCAGCAGCAAGCUCGGCACGCCAAAAAGAAACACCACGACCAGCACGACGCUAAUAAGACCAACAAUAACAACAACAUCAAGAAGAGCAACUCGGCCGCCGCCGCAGCGGGCACCACGGCAAGCGGUCCGCAUCACUUAGCUGGAGCCGCCUCCCCGGACGCUAGAGGCCCCCCACCGCAUCCUCACCACAUCCACAACAACGACCAAACCCAUCAAAAGCCUUGUCCGUCCGCCUCCUCCUCCUCCUCUUCCCCCUUGUUGCCGUCUGCCUCUGUUCCCAAGCCUGCUGCCGCCCAGCCCAGCGCCUUCAAGCGCGCCUCCCACUCCUUCAUCUCCCGCGGCAAGCAUCACGACACAACGACCAACCAACCUUCGCCGCCCGACGCCUCCUCCUCCAAGCAUGCCCAUGCCCAUCCCCCCCGCAAUCCCUCCUCGUCGUCUCGGUCUCCCGCCGCAGUCCACAUGAAUGGCGCAGCGCCCGUCGCAGACUUCCCGUUUGUACGCUCCCUCUCCGCCUCGGCCGCCGCCUUGGCCGCCGGCUACCACGUCAUGUCCUCGACCGCCGAGGUCUCCUCCAGCUCCCGCGAGAACCUCAUCACCACGAAGCCCUUUGUCAUCCGCAAUGGCCGCUCCUACCUCAAUGACUCGAGCCUCCCCUACCCGCUGCCCGCCGACCUGACCGAGUUGCACCGCCAGUCCAUGCGCACCCUGCUGCUCAUCCAGGUCUUUGGUAGUCCCGUCUGUUCGCCCGUCUUUUCCACCCGUCCGCCGAGGCGCGUUCUCGAAAUUGGCUGUGGCUCUGGCUUCUGGUCCAUGAUGUGUCAUCGCUACUUCAAGUCCCGCGGUCACGGAAACAUCUCGUUUACCGGUAUCGACAUUGCCCCGCUCGCGCCUACAACCCCCAUGGCGAGCGCGACCGCUGGCCACACGGCCGCCUCGAAGCCCGAUCCCGAGAUGAACUGGCACUUCAUCAGCCACGACCUGCGCCAGCUACCCUGGCCCGUCGACAACGAGCAAUUUGACCUCGUCAUGGUCAAGGACAUGAGCCUGGCCACCACCACCUUGCAGCACCAGUUCUUUGUCGACGAGUACAUCCGCCUGCUGCGGCCUGGCGGCGUCCUCGAGAUCUGGGAGUCGGACCAUCUCAUCCGCAUGCUUCGCCCGCACGUCCCCGAAGCCAAGCUUGCUGGCGACGACACUGAGGACCAGGAAGCCGCCGCCAGCCUGGGCGCCUACGUUAUGAAUGCCAACACCCCGCUUUCGGCGCCGUUGAACACGUUCCUUGUCGAGUACAACCAGUGGCUUUCGCGCGCUCUCGAGACCCGCGACCUCGCCGCGGUGCCCUGCACCCUGAUUGGCCCGACAAUGCUGCAAGAGUCGGAAACGCUGACAGACGUGCGCUCGCGACGCUUAGCCAUCCCCCUCAGCGAAGUGCGCUGGGAGCGCGAGGGUGUCGGCGGCGUUGUUGUCACCAAGGACAGCAAGGCCGCCGCCACGUCGCCGCCGCCCAAGGCCGAGUGCCGCGUCCUGUCGGCCGGCCAGGAAGCGCUCCGCCAGACGGCGCUCCUGACAGUCGUGCAGCAGGUCCAGGCUCUCGAGCCCAUUCUGCGCGAAGCCUCGGGAAAGAGCCAGGACGAGUGGGAUGUAUGGAUGGGCAAGAUGAUGGGAGACCUCAUGAGCGACAACGGCACGAGCUGGGGCGAGUGUUUAGAGGUGGGCGCGUGGUCGGCUACGAAACGAAAAUGA